AGCCCGGGGCGCUGCCCUGAGGCGGGCGGGGAUGGCGGCGGGCGGCGGCUCCCCGAGCAUCGUGGAGUUCUUCGGCGGGGAGGAUGGCUACCGCUGCGGAUACUGCAGGAGCGACACCGGCAACCUGUCGCACGGUAUGUGGGCACAUUCGAUGACAGUUCAAGAUUACCAGGAUCUCAUAGACAGAGGAUGGCGAAGAAGUGGAAAAUACGUCUACAAACCUAUCAUGAAUCAAACGUGUUGCCCUCAGUACACAAUAAGGUGCCAGGCUUUGCAUUUUCAGGCCUCCAAAUCUCACAAGAAGGUUCUGAAGAAAAUGUUGAAGUUUCUUUCCAAAGGAGAUGUUUCGAAAGUGGCGAGUGAAGAGGAGCCGAUGGAUUCGCACAUUGAGGAUGCGGCCGCGAGUGACUUCCCGUACAAGAGCGAGUCUCACGUCAGUCAGUCUGAACUGACUCCCUUGGCUGUGGAUCACUCUGAGAGGGUGGGGAAGGAAGAUGAGGACUCAGGGGAAACAAAAGAAGAGGUGAACGUGCAGCAGGUGGGAUCGGAUCCUCUCCAGGUCUGUGCAGACAAGGACACACCAGUCCCUGGGGAGCCAUCGCACUCGGCUAAAGUUGUUCAUGCUCCACCCAAGCCAGGGAAAGGGGCUGAUCUGAGCAAGCCCCUGUGUCGAAAAGCCAAGGACAUUCGGAAAGAGAGGAAGCUGCAGAAGCUCCUCCAGAACCAGAAGUGCCCCUUAGAAGGCUCUCAGCUUCCAGGAGGAGAUCAAGCUUUCCUCUUGCAAAACUCCAAACCUAAAACAAACCAACCUAAAAGCGUUGAAGACUUUGUUUUUGUGUCUUUGCCCGAGGAUGCACGACACAAAUUGGAGGUGAGGGUGGUGAGAUCAUCUCCACCAAGUUCACAGUUCAAAGCCACAUUUCAGGAGUCUUACCAGGUCUAUAAACGUUACCAGAUGGUCAUUCACAAGGACCCACCUGAUAAACCAACCAUAAAUCAGUUCACACGAUUCCUGUGUGAUUCUCCUCUGGAGGCAGAGCACACCCCAAACGGACCGGAAUGUGGCUAUGGAUCUUUCCACCAGCAGUACUGGCUGGAUGGGAAGAUAAUUGCUGUUGGUGUCAUUGAUAUCCUGCCCUACUGUGUGUCCUCUGUCUAUCUGUACUACGAUCCAGACUUCUCUUUCUUAUCUCUGGGAGUCUACUCUGCGUUACGGGAAAUUGCUUUUACCAGGCAGCUUCAUGAAAAGGCUCCUGAUCUCUGUUUUUAUUAUAUGGGUUUCUACAUCCAUUCUUGCCCCAAAAUGAGAUACAAGGGUCAGUACAGGCCCUCUGACCUGCUGUGUCCGGAGACCUACGUGUGGACGCCGAUCGAGCAGUGCCUGCCCCUGCUGGAGAACUCCAAGUACUCUCGGUUCAACCAGGAUGAAAAAGCAGGUAAAGAAGGAGAUGGGAGUCAAUACAGGAGAAGCUUAAAGGCAUCAAGUGCUUUUGUUAAGAAACAAAGUGGCAGAUUUGGUUUAACAGUCUGUCAGUGA